AUGCGUGUAGCAAUUAAACAAUUCAUGCACUUACCAUCCUCGAUCACUAAUGGAGUUAUUUAUUGUGGUAAGGGAGACGGGGGGCUAGGCUUCCCUAAGCUGGAACACCUAGUAACGAGAGUGAGUCUUGGGGCCGGUCUCAAGUUUACUAGUUCGAAUGAUCCGGCUGUUCGAGCCCUCUCCGGAUGCGCUACCACUAUUGCUCGUCUCCAGCGGUUGGCGCUAUCUGCAAGACUACCAUAUCCUUAUACAACAACCGACCUAAAACAAUACAAGUUUAGAACGCAAAAAGAGGAGCUCAAAAGAUGGUCGGCACUUCAGUCUCAGGGACGGGCAGUUGAUUCAUUGGCUGGUGAUAAGGUGGGAAAUGCUAUCUUCUAUAAUCCCACCCUGCUGAAGCCAUGUCGAUUCACGACAGCCCUGCAGUUUCGAACUAAUACUGCAGGGAAUAGAACCAGCCUCAACUGCGCCAUACCACAGGUGGAUUUGAACUGCCGUAAGUGUGGAGCGGCUAAGGAGACGCUAGGACACAUUUCAGGCCAGUGCAUACUUACGAAGGCAGCCAGACAUGAUGAGAUACGGGACCUCAUGAUGGACAGAAUCAUGGAAAUGGAUAAAACAGCAGACGUUACCAAAGAACCUGAACUCCACAGCGUCAACGGGAAACUUAAACCCGACCUGGUCAUUAAGAACCAGAGAGGGGUCUUUGUGGUCGACGUCACAGUCCGCCAUGAAGAUGAGGAUUACCUUAAGAUCGCCAAGGAAGAAAAACAAGAAAAGUAUGGUAUUCUUCUGCCAGCAAUGCAGCAGGAAAGAGGUGCCCCUACUGCUGAAGUCCUGCCCAUUGUUGUUGGGACUCGAGGAGCCAUGCCUACCGACACGAUCAAAUGCCUUCAAAAACUGGGCAUGGGAAGAAGUUAUCAUAAGACCAUAUCCCUGAUGGCGCUCAGGAGCUCUAUCACUCCUUUUUGGAUUAUCAGGGACAAAUUCUCUAGCAUCAUGGGCAGGCGACCUGUUUACGUUGGGGGGGGGGAUCACAACCUUCUCCUAACCAGAGUAGGUUCCCCUGCCAAGUAA